CCCUAACUCACGUUAACUGAUGACCUCGUAACCAUUCUGCCAGGGCCUUCUUUGCUUUGGGCAGACUCAACCCAACUUGGACCAUCCCAGCUCCUGCAACGAGAAGUGACGCCCUUCAUUCCCAGCCGACGGCCUUUGUCUGCUGUCAGCCAUUGGGAUUCCCAUGGUUCCGACAGCAAUGGCAUAAGUAAAAUACCAGAAGUUCCUACGGUAACGCGGCAUCCGGCACUUGAUUUCUUUUUUUCGCUUGUUCUGGCAUUUAUUGGGGAAUUUUCCAUCGGCAUCGCAUUGGCAUUUUCACCGGCGUCUUUUUCAGCACAGUCCCGAGACAUCGCACGGAAACACGCGUCUCCCGGACAGCAACAGCAGCAAGAGCAUCGAAGCAAAGAAAGAAAACAUGUCCUCAGCGGCUGGUCUGAGCAGCGUGCAGGGGUUUCCUGCAUCCGUGGCGUCGCCAUCGUCGCCAGCGUCGGCAGGAACGGGCCCUCGCCACCACCAGCGCUCGAAGUCGUCUGUCUUGCGAUCCCUCAUGGGCGGUGGCCACAAGCGGAACAAGUCGGAAGGAUCGGGACUCCCGCAGGCGCCCCUGAUCGCUCCUAUCGCGACCACCCCGUCGUUCCACGUUUCGCAGCAGAGUCUAGCACCCAGCCGAAAUAGCGGUGUGUUCCACGUAGGCUUCGACGCGGCGGCGGCCGCCGCCAUGGAGCCCGAGCGAUAUGCCCACGUCCUCGGCGAGCUGCAGCAGAACCAGCAGGAUCGGUCGCCCGAGCGGCCGCGGGGACGCGACCGUGGCGACCGUGCGCCGCCAUCGCCCACGAAGGGCGGCUUUUCUAGCAUCUCCCUGAGGCCCUUCGGUGGGCGGGACCGGUCCAGGAGCAAACCCCCCAAGACCGCGGACAACGCCAGCACCUCGCCGGCAAAGCCGAAAAAGGCCAAAUCGGCGACGAACCUGGCGGCGCUUCUGCGGCCCAAGUCCAUGAAGAACUUGAAACAGCUGCUGAUGGAUGAGGAACGCGGCGCCCGCAACGCCGCCAAGGAGAAGGACAAGGAAAACCGAUCGCCGUCCGAUUCGCUGGGCAAGGAAUCCAACGGCCUCAUGGGCCCGCCACCGCCCAUCUACGCGCAGUUCGCGACCCAAUACGUUGGGCCUCCUUCUCCGCAGAUAGAGUCCCCGUUCGACUCCCCAAUCAGAAGCGCGAAUCCUAUGGCAGAGCGGGACAGUGCGUCCACAUCGUCCUUAAAGAAACCGCGUCCGAAGUCGUUUCAGGCCUACGUGGCCCGCCGAGACGACGACACGCCCCGGUCGUCCGGCUCAGGGGACAGUCACAGUCGAGCGAAGCGGCUGACGUGGGGGAAGGGUGACCCCCCGCCAGCACCGGCACCAAAUCAGCCUGCAGUGGAAUCUAGGAGCAACUCUUCGACGCCGACUGCGGGUACGGCACCCGAGAUGCCCUUCAUCGACCCCAAAAACAUAGACAAGCACCUCGAGGACAUGCUGGACCGCCGCAACAUUCCCGAGAAUCAGCGGUACAAGAUGCGGAACCUGAGCGACGCCAUCAAGUUGGAGUUCAUCCGGCAGGAUUGGGCAGAAAUGCAGGCCAAGCUGGAGCGCCCGCCCUCGCAUGACGGCAGCGGCAACCAGCCGGGAGGGGGCGGACCUCCUGGGUCAGAGCAGCGUGACGACAGCAGCAAUGCCAACGGCAGUCCGACAAAGAGGGACAAGAAAAAGCACGGCCGGGGCCUGAGCCUAACCAUCGUCCGCGGCAGUGGCAACAAAUCAAACCCUUCGUCGCCCACGAAAAAGAAAGGAGACAGCAGCCUCGGCCGGCACUUCCGGGGCAAAUCGAGCGAAAGCUUGGUGAGCGAACCGCCGUCGCCAGCUGGCCCCUUCCCCGGCAGCAGCUUCCUGGCCAAGGUGAAAGGCCAGCAGCUUCCGGGCGAUUUCGUGGCCUACCUUCAGAAGGUGCAGAAGCCCGAGCUGGUCGAGGUGGGCAAGCUGCACAAGCUGCGGCUGCUGCUCCGCAACGAGACGGUCGCCUGGACCGAGGAUUUCAUCCGGCAGGAUGGCAUGAAGGAGAUUGUGGAGUUGCUGUACCGCAUCCUGGCAGUUGAGUGGAGAGAGGAACACGAAGACGCACUCCUGCACGAGAACCUGCUCUGUCUCAAAGCACUGUGCACCACGGACAUGGCCCUGCAGUACCUCCACUCCAUCCACUCCACCCUAUUCCCGGCCCUGCUGCACAUGAUCUUCGAUCCGGAGAAGAAGGGCCCAAGCGAGUUCACAACCCGCGGCAUCAUCACGUCUAUCCUGUUCACCUACAUCCAAGCUGCCACGCCUCAGGAGCGAGUCUCCCGCGCCCGCGCCGUGCUAGGCUACCUGCGGGACCCGGAGCCGAAGGAGGAGGACCGGCCGGUGGACUUUGUCCUCGAGAUGCGCCGUGAGCGACCCUACCGCGUGUGGUGCAAGGAGGUCGUCAGCGUCACCAAGGAGGUAUUCUGGAUCUUCCUGCAUCAUCUCAACGUCGUCGCCCUGCCGUCCGCCGAUGAAUCGUCAUCCACCUCUCCGCCGUCCUCCUCCGCCGAGCGGGCCAGCAGCGGCCCAGCAGGCGCCGGGACAUCCCCGUCCGCCGCCGGUGGGGACGAGGCAUCCAACCCUUCUUCCUCCGCAGACCCCGACACCGCCGCCCAGCACGCCUACAUGGCCCGGCACUUCCCCCGCGAACGCGCCCCCGUGCCCGCGGCGCCCUACGUCGGCGGCGUCGAGUGGGACGCCACCAACUACCUGGCCAGCCACCUCGACCUGCUGAACGCCAUCCUCGCCUGCACGGGCCCCACCGCGCGCGAGCGCAACGCGCUGCGCGCCCAGCUGCGCAUCUCGGGCUGGGAGCGCUGCCUCGGCGGCUCCCUGCGCCUGUGCAAGGAGAAGUUCUACGGCGCCGUGCACGACGGCCUGCGCACCUGGGUCGCCGCCGCCGCCGAGGACGGCUGGGACGUGCACGACGUCCGCUACGGCCCGCCCCCGCCCGAGCCGCCUGCUUCUUCUUCUUCUUCUUCUGCUGCUGCUGCUGCUGCUGGUGGGGCUUGCGGCGGGGAGAAGAGGAGCCGCAGUGCUUCGCCCGGGAAGAAGAGAGCCGUUGCUGCUGGUGGGGUCAACAAGAAGAGGGAGGCGCCGCCGAGGAUUGAGAUGCCCAAGCUCGACUUUGGCGGCGGCAUUGGGGGCGUCGCCGCCGCUGGUAUUGCCGGCGGCAGCAGCAGCAACAUGGUGAUGCUCUCGGGCGGACGGUCCAAUGAGCCGUGGGUGUUGUGAGGAGUGGGUGGUGUGUGGAGAUGGGCAGGAAGGGGGGCUGAGGGCGACACGGUGCGGGGUGCGGGACUGGGCAGGGCAGGGCGGGGAGGGGAGGGUACCUCUUCCGGUAACCUUGCUGGCUG